AUGUCGGAAACCACUGUACAGCCAGUCUCCCGCCCCAGGAAGCGCAGACUUCCUCGCGCAUAUGGAUACGCUUUCAACUGGGCCAUCCUCGCCCCACUUGCCAGGGAACUUGAUUUCCCGGACGUAACGCUCUCAAAUCUUGUCAACACCUACUUCAGGUUUCGCUUCUACCUAAUGAAUACUUGGGAUGUUCCGAAUGAAUGCUUCCGGAACCUCAGUACGAAGGGCAACUUGACGGUGGGGGUGGUGUUUGCCGACAACUGUUCACGCAAGCGGAAGAAGCCGGAUGAGGAUCUUGUGCAAAGGGUGAAGAAGGCAAUGAAGAUGGAAGAGGACCCAAAGUGGUAUUAUCUUGUUUAG